AUGGCGUCUGAUCUUGACAUAGUGGAAUCGACAAGACUUGAAGAUGAUCUUUCCUUCUCUGUCAUCGAUCGUCUGACCGAGACCAUCAGGGCUGAGGAAGAGGUCAAGAUCAGCCAAGACGAUCGCAAUGCCAUCGUCCAAGACCUCUACGAAGGCCCCAAGAAGUGCCAAUGCUGCAUCAACUGGAUGACUGAAUGUCCUCAUGGUGUGGACUUGGCCGCCCUUGAGAAAGACGAAAGUGACGACGACGAGUCCAAUCCGAUCAUCGUGAGACGCCGAGUCACUCCCGGGAAGGCAGGCAGUCUGGUCACGAUCCACUCCAUCGACAUCCGCCACGCAGCGACUCGCAAAGUCCUCAUUGAUGUCUUCAAGCCCUACGACGGCAUCGUUCAUGAUCUGAAAUACCUUGCUUUUCUGGCGCCUUUCCAUCAGUUCUUCUGGCGCUGGGAGGCAUUCGAGAAGGCUAUCGCCGACGAGGAGGACGAGCAGGUUAAGAAGAUCUUGGCCAUUCUGAGGUCCAUCGUCAAGCGCGAGCUCGCAGGUGCCUUUGCCGUCAGCAAGGAGCUCAUCAGUCACGGCAUGAUUACGUACGAAUACCUCUGGACUCUGUUCGCUCCAGGCGAAGUCGUCUACUCGGAUUGCCGCUUCGACGGUGACCGUUUCUUUGUUGUUCAAGGACACACCAACAACACGGACCCGUCCAAAGUAGAACUUUGGCUCAACUACGUCAAUUGCAGCGGUGACGAUUUUGGUGUAGCUGUCCAGAGCGAGUUCAUUCCCCGCUUCAGAGGCACACGGCCCAUCAACUCGCUGCGGCUUUACCCUGCAAAAUACCACGAUGAAUUCCAUGGUGUCCAGAAGCGGUUGAUCGAAAGGGGUCGCAAGUUCGCCAGUCUCGUUGGGAAGCACUACAAGGCCUACCGCCCUGAUCGACUCGAUAACCCGAGUGCAGAAAUUCGAGUUAUGAUCGAUACAGAUUAUGAUAGACGCUCUGGUGGCGUCGGCGCUCUGUUUGGAGAUCGGGACGAUGCCUCAGUCUUCUACCAACGGACACAGCUCAUAAUACAGGGGCCCGUUGAUACACCACCACCGAAGGGCCAUGUACCUCUUCGGCGCGAGCGUAGCGGAGACGAGAAUGACUCUUACUACGACGGGGAACAGCGCAUUCCACCUUCUCGAAGGCGCCCUGCCCCCUACGCACCACCUGUCUAUCCAACGCCUCCGACCGACCCGUUUGCACCACGUGGUUUCCGACACACGCCGCCUCAGUUUUCACCAUCGUCGUCGUUAUCUUCAGAUCCACUGUUUCCACCACGGCCAAAUCUGCCAGAGGACGACGCAGACGCGAGUCGUCCUCCUCUGGGGCCCUUCGAUAUAGAGAAUUUCAUGAUCAACAGGGCUCGAAAGCGACUCAGUGACUUCCGACUGUCACUGUGCGUUCCUCGUGUACUGGGAUUUAAUCUCAAGGACAAAACAUGGGAAAACUUUGUAGUUGACCAAAUCCAUGAUAUCGAGUGGAACACGAAGCCAUUCGAGAGCCUGGUACUUCCUGAUGGAUACAAGGAGCUCAUUCUCGCCUUUGUGGAGAGCCAGAUCAAAGACAAUGAUAACUUUGACGAUGUCAUCAACGGCAAAGGUGGUGGCCUCGUUGCUUUGCUUGCUGGUGCUCCUGGAGUUGGCAAAACUCUCACGGCUGAAUCAGUCGCGGAAAAGAUGCAGGCUCCACUCUUCAAGAUGGAACUGGGCGAAUACAAUGAGGACGAUCCUGAUCAUUACGAUACGCCGCCACACCGGGCUCGUCGGCCUGGUGGCAGAAGUGUAGCUAUUGGGGUCGAGCACAGAAGAGGGGACAUCGCCGGAGCAUUCGAGCUUGCCGCACGAUGGGGUGCUGUCCUCCUCAUUGACGAGUGCGACGCUUACUUGGAGCAGCGCAGUGACAGCUCGUCUCAACGUAACAGAUUGGUCUCGCGAUUCUUGAGAGAGCUCGAGUACUAUCCCUCACUCUUGUUCCUUACGACCAAUCGCGAGAAGUCCUUGGACCCGGCUGUCCAUUCCCGUGUCCAUCUCACUAUCAACUAUCCAGCGCUUGAUGAGCCGUCCAGGCAAAAGGUCUGGAUGACCUUCCUCGCGAAGACUGGGUCUGAGCUUUCUAACGAGGAGCUUGCGGCUCUCUCUAGCAUCGAGAUUGACGGUCGGAAAAUCCGUAACAUUGUUAAGACCAGCGCUGCCGCAAGUGCAAUUAAGUUAAUUUUGCCCCCUAUACUUGUCAACUUGGUGAUCUUUUUCUUAGGCUUUAAUUAUUAG